AUGGCCGGAAUUUCGCACAUCCGGUCAAUUGACUCGCCGGUCAAUGCCUCAGUUCGGAUUGGUGAUGAUGUCUUCAUCAACGACGGUCCCAUGUACGGUGCGGCAACAAUUUCCGUCGCAGGCUCGCUCGUACUAAGCGGACAAUGGGUCUUACGCCAGUACCAGAACAACACCACUGAGCAGGUGCUAUCGCUUGAGAGGAACACAAUCGGACCAUUCAGCGCUCCAGAGAAGGUGGCUCCUGAAGGAGCUGGCGACAACGAGGCUGAAGAGAUUGACACUCCAGCUGGAAGUCCCAAGCGUAAAGCAUCGACCGCUGUAGUGGAAGCAGCGACUAGCCGAAAGAAGUCUAAAGUCUCCAGGGCAAGCUCCCGCCUCGAGGACCGGAACCAGAAGAUGGAUGAGAAAGCCCCCAUUGAUCAACCCGAGGAGGAGCAGGGACAGGCAGCUCCGCAGGAUGAUCCGGAUGGUUCCAGUGAAGCACUGUCCGACUUAGACGGCAUGGAUGCCGAUGAAAAGGCCUAUGAGGAAUCAACAAGGGCCGAAGAGAACCCCGAUGAAGCCCAGCAGGAAGUCCAACAAGACAUCCUGCAAGAGCCUCAGCAAGGCCUCCAGCCAGAAGUUCAGCAAGAUGUCCUGCAGACUCCGCUCCCUGAUUUAUCGAAUCGCCCAAGACGAGCUGAUCCGAACACUAAGCCAAGUUACACUGCAGCCAGUCGUCGUCCGGAGGUGAGGUCGAAGAAUGACGGGGACCACAUGGGCGGCCUGCUGUUUGAAAAAGGCCCUGCAAUUGGCACCCCAAAACCCAGACAGCGAUCCAGCAUACCUGGUGAGAAACCCUCCGAUAGCGAGCUUGGUGAUAGGCUGGGAAACGUGAUUGAGAUUGCGGGUAAGCAGAAUUCAGCUAAGCAACGCAUCAGUUCUGCUACAGGAAUGGACACUGGUGUCAAGAGGAGACUUUUGCAGGGAGUUAGUGGACCGGAAGGCGAAGAGCGAUCAGACACUGGUGCUGAUCAGAAUGACAAUCAGGUAUUCCCGCAGAAGGAUCCUCAACGCAAGGUCCGCCGGAGGAAAGUCGCUGCUCCUGAACUAGGCAACGAAGAUGACCUUGCAGCAGAGGACGACGAGCUCGAUGCGACCGCCCCAAGGAAAGCUGCUGUCAAGCCAAGCGGUGACAGGCCGAGGAAGAAAUCGAAUGUACGUGUCGACUCAGAAGAUGAGAUCGUCGGAGAUGAGCCCUCCAGGCUGAACGCUGUCCCAAAGCCGAAGAAGGGGAAGCUGGCCAAGCAGCGGAUGGUUGGGAAGAAGCAGAAGGAGGCAGGUUCUCCGGGAGAUUAUGUCGCGAACAAGUCCCAGAAGAAAGGCAAGAAGUAG